CUGUUAGCAAGUCCUCUGAGCAGAAGGGAAGCCAGAGAUCUCCUCCCCAGUCCUGCUGCUCUGCAGGGCUCACAUCCCCUCAGCAGACCCCAGGCUCCCAAUCCACAGGAGGCAUCCACCAAACAGGCACAAAUCCACCUGGCUUGGCUGCAAAACUUCAUCCAUACAAAGCAGAAUGUUUAAAAAAGUCACCAGAUACAUUGUAAAUCAAGGGGAUCCAAACCAAGAAUGGGUCCCUGUCGAGAGCAUCACAGACCACGAGCACUUCAGACCCUUCUGUCUUCUGAUACAAAAAAGAAAACCAAAAACCGAAUUCCACCCAGGUCCCUACUACCAGUGCACAGGGUUCAGACUGGACAGUGUGCUGCUGCCUGGAGAAGAUGGGAAAAGCACAGAGUCACUCCUUCUCUCGGGAGAUGGUCCAGAUUACAACAGAUUAGCUCUCUCAAAGGUCACUGCUGACAAAGUCAAGGGGGAUCUCAGCGUUAUUGCUGAUGGUGCAACUGUGAAGCUGAAAGGAAGUGGCUCCUUAUCCCAGGAGUUUUCCAUCAAGCUGCAGAAGAAGGCCAUAGAAAUGAACUCACUGGAGGCAGUGAGAAAGAAAAGAAAAAUCAACAUGGAUCACUCCUUCAUCCAACAACUCCUGAGGACAACGCUCAAGUUGUACGUGGUUUAUGAAACCCUGGAAGCUUCAGAGGAGACCGUCUACAAGGAAUCCAGCAAGGCACAGGGAGGCUUCCUAGCCACGAUUUACGCCAAGUUCUCUGCACAGGCCUCCACAGAGAACAGACAAAGCAUAGUCAUACCCAAGGGCUGCACCCUGGCCUUCAGGGCCAUCCAGAUGAACAUUAGCAAAGGAGAAUGGGGACUGGGUUUUUUCGAAAGAACUCGUUGUGCACAUGUAUAUUACUUCGAUGAUGGUGUCGAGCUUUCUGGUUUACCAACAACAAAAUUAGAUGCAGUGGACACAGAAGUUAAACAACACUAUCGGAUUUUCUCUGAGUUGCCUUGCGGCCUGCGGGUCAUGUUCUUAAACACCAUCACAGCUGUGAUGAGAGACAGGAAACUCUUUCAGGAGCUGAGCCAGAAGAUGGAAGGAGUUCUUGAGAAAACUGAUGGUUGUAAACUGAAAACUAAAAGCCCAGACUUAAAAGACCUGUUGAGCACGUUAAAGAAUUCUCCAAGAGAUCGUUGUCUUCUGCUGGCAAAGGGAAUAACCUACACCCUCGAUGCUUUGGCUGAGCUACUGGACAAUCAGCUGCUGCUGCUGCUGGAAUCCUUGGAAAGGAAGAUUGUGUCCCAACAGCUGCAGCUGGUUGGAAAACUCCUGGAGCAUGAGCUGGAGAAUGGGAAUGAGUCUUUCCAUGUGGACGCCAGCCUGCUCUCCUUCCCACGGCAGGAGGAUCAGGGCUUAACCAUGACCCUGGUGGAGCUGAGUAGAGUGAAGCUCCAGGAAGAUGGAUCAGCUGAGCCCAUGGAACAGCCCUACGAGGUGGUGGCCGCCCUGUACGUGGCCCUGUAUGCCCUCAACCUCCUCAGUGGGGACUUGGUCCUGUCCAGGGAACCCCUCCCCAAGCUGCAGGAAAACCUCUGCCCACCAGCCUCUUCUCUCCCCCAAUUUCAUCCUUGUUAAUGCUCAAGGCUGCUUUGGCUGAGAAAAGCAAACUUAAGGCAGGAAAACUCAUUAUGGAUGCAAAAGGCUGGAUAUCAAAUUGGAUGUCUCUGGCUGUCCCCCAUUGAAUGUAGAGGGACAACCGGAAAAUCCUUGAGCCCAAAUAAUCACAGGCCUGACAGCUGUGCCUCAUGAGCUUCCCUAAAAACGCUGCUGCUUCUGCAACCAAUGAAUGGGAAAGGGAAGGGCAAGGGAAUGCCAAGGGAAAAGGGGGAAAAAAUG